AUGCAGAAAUCUCUCGGCUUUGUUUGGCGGCUGCGAAUCGGCUCCUUUUGUUCCACCAUGUGCCUAAGUGUCCUAAGCUUCACACCGAUGGUCCUCUCGAGACGCCGAUAUAACCGCGUAAAGACGAGAACGAAGACCUCCCCAUAUCCUACCGUCUAUAUCGCUUACCCAAGGGCUUUCGAAAUUGCCUGGAUCUCCCACCACUUGGUUGUCGUUGUCUUCUCUACCGCGUUCUUCGCCAUCGGCUUAGUUUAUACAAGGCACGGUGGCCUAACUGACGGUGUAGACCCAAGGUGGAUGCGAUCGAGCGGCGAUCUUGCCGUCGCUGUUCAACUCUAUCACAGUCUUUACGCUCGCCGUACGCUUCUUUGA